CCUCCUUUGAUGUCUGGGGCGUUCGGGUAUUCGGUGAUCUUUGCGUCGUCUUCUUGGUUGAUGUCUCCUGAGCGGCGGCGGCGCCGGGUCGAGGGCUGAGAUACCUGCGAGGCCCCGCGCUCAGGCCGCUUUCUCCCGCCGGUCGGUGGAGCGGACCCCUUGCUUUCUUUCUCCCUCUUCCUUCCUUCUCUCUGUGGCUCACCUCGCCCACAGGACUGCAAACAAAGCUCCCGUCGGCCUUGCAGAUUUCCAUGAGGGCAACUUACAAGGACCUGAAUGGCCUCGUUUUAGCUGCUUCAGUGUGUGGAGCUAUUACUUGCUCCUUCAUUUCCUGGACCUGGUGUGACAGUGGCUACUGAGCGCCAUGAAGGUUGUCCCAGAGAAGAAUGCUGUCCGGAUACUCUGGGGGCGAGAACGGGGCACUCGAGCCAUGGGAGCUCAGCGGCUUCUACAGGAACUGGUGGAAGAUAAAACCCGGUGGAUGAAAUGGGAGGGCAAGAGAGUAGAACUACCGGAUAGUCCACGCUCUACCUUCUUGCUGGCCUUCAGCCCAGACAGGACUCUCCUGGCCUCCACCCAUGUGAAUCAUAAUAUCUAUAUUACGGAGGUGAAGACCGGCAAGUGUGUUCACUCUCUGAUUGGACACCGCCGCACUCCAUGGUGUGUCACUUUUCAUCCUACCAUCUCAGGCCUUAUUGCUUCUGGCUGCCUAGAUGGUGAGGUUAGGAUUUGGGAUUUACAUGGUGGCAGUGAAAGCUGGUUCACAGAUAGCAACAAUGCCAUUGCCUCCCUGGCUUUCCACCCUACGGCUCAGCUCCUGCUGAUUGCCACUGCCAAUGAGAUCCACUUCUGGGAUUGGAGCCGACGGGAGCCCUUUGCUGCAGUGAAAACAGCUAGUGAGAUGGAACGGGUCCGUCUGGUGAGAUUUGAUCCACUUGGACACUACUUACUCACAGCAAUUGUUAACCCAUCUAAUCAGCAGGGUGAUGAUGAACCAGAGAUCCCCAUAGAUGGAACAGAAUUAUCCCACUACCGUCAGCGUGCCCUCCUGCAAUCACAGCCAGUCCGCCGGACGCCUCUCCUCCACAAUUUCCUGCACAUGCUGUCCUCCCGCUCCUCUGGCAUCCAGGUGGGAGAGCAAAGCACAGUGCAAGAUUCUGCUACCCCCUCACCCCCACCGCCUCCCCCUCAGCCCUCCACGGAGCGCCCCAGGACUUCCGCUUACAUCAGGCUCCGACAGCGGGUCAGUUACCCCACAGCUGAGUGCUGCCAGCACCUUGGGAUCCUGUGCCUUUGCAGCCGCUGCUCUGGCACUCGAGUUCCUUCCCUCUUGCCACACCAGGACAGUGUCCCCCCUGCUUCUGCCAGAGCUACUACCCCUUCCUUUUCUUUUGUACAGACCGAGCCCUUCCAUCCCCCGGAGCAGGCCUCGUCAACGCAGCAGGACCAGGGCCUCCUGAACCGGCCGUCUGCCUUCAGUACAGUCCAGAGCAGCACAGCCGGCAACACGCUCCGCAACCUCAGUCUGGGUCCCACCCGUCGUUCUUUGGGAGGCCCUCUAUCUAGCCACCCUUCUAGGUAUCAUCGAGAAAUAGCCCCUGGACUGACAGGAUCUGAGUGGACCCGGACAGUACUCAGUCUGAACUCUCGCUCUGAGGCGGAAUCCAUGCCCCCACCCAGGACCAGCGCCUCUUCGGUGAGUUUGCUGUCGGUGCUGAGACAGCAGGAAGGUGGCUCUCAGGCAUCUGUGUACACUUCGGCCACAGAAGGGAGGGGUUUUCCAGCAUCAGGGUUGGCAACUGAGUCAGAUGGAGGGAAUGGCUCCAGCCAAAACAACUCAGGCAGCAUUCGCCAUGAGCUUCAGUGUGACCUGAGACGCUUCUUUUUGGAGUAUGACCGGCUUCAGGAGCUGGAUCAGAGCCUGAGUGGGGAAGCUUCCCAGAGCCAACAGGCCCAGGAAAUGCUCAACAAUAACAUCGAAUCUGAAAGGCCAGGCCCUUCCCACCAGCCCACCCCUCACAGCAGUGAGAACAACUCCAAUCUGUCCCGUGGCCACCUGAAUCGCUGCCGUGCUUGUCACAAUCUCCUGACCUUCAACAAUGAUACCUUGCGCUGGGAAAGAACCACACCUAACUACUCCUCUGGUGAGGCUAGCUCCUCCUGGCAGGUCCCCAGUACCUUUGAGGGUAUGCCAUCAAGCGGCAGCCAGUUGCCACCUCUCGAGCGGACUGAGGGCCAAACGCCCAGCUCCAGCAGGCUGGAGUUGAGCAGCUCUGCUAGCCCACAGGAGGAGAGGACUGUGGGGGUGGCCUUUAACCAAGACACAGGCCACUGGGAAAGAAUUUACACCCAGUCCAGCAGAUCUGGAACUGUAUCACAGGAAGCCUUACAUCAGGAUAUGCCUGAGGAAAGCUCUGAGGAAGAUUCACUCAGGAGAUUAUCUCCUGCUGCAUACUACGCCCAGAGGAUGAUCCAGUAUCUCUCACGGAGAGACAGUAUUCGCCAGCGCUCUAUGCGCUACCAACAGAACCGUCUGCGUUCUUCCACCUCCUCCUCUUCCUCAGAGAACCAGGGUCCAUCAGUAGAGGGAACCGACUUGGAAUUUGAGGACUUUGAGGACAAUGGUGACAGAUCCAGGCACCGAGCUCCACGCAAUGCCCGGAUGUCUGCACCUUCACUUGGACGCUUUGUCCCAAGGCGUUUUUUGCUGCCUGAGUACUUGCCUUAUGCUGGGAUUUUUCAUGAACGUGGACAGCCUGGCUUGGCUACUCACUCUUCUGUAAACAGGGUCCUGGCAGGGGCAGUGAUUGGUGAUGGACAGUCUGCUGUGGCCAGUAACAUUGCCAAUACAACCUACCGGCUCCAGUGGUGGGACUUCACUAAGUUUGACCUCCCAGAAAUCAGUAAUGCCUCCGUGAAUGUGCUGGUGCAGAACUGCAAGAUCUACAAUGAUGCCAGCUGUGACAUCUCUGCAGAUGGCCAGCUCCUGGCAGCUUUCAUCCCUAGCAGCCAGAGGGGCUUUCCUGAUGAAGGCAUCCUAGCGGUGUACUCCCUAGCCCCCCAUAACCUGGGUGAAAUGCUCUACACCAAGCGAUUUGGUCCCAAUGCCAUUUCAGUGAGCCUGUCCCCAAUGGGCCGAUACGUAAUGGUGGGCUUGGCCUCACGAAGGAUCCUGCUGCACCCCUCCACAGAACACAUGGUGGCCCAGGUCUUCAGGCUGCAACAGGCCCAUGGUGGCGAGACCUCCAUGAGGAGAGUUUUCAACGUCCUUUACCCUAUGCCUGCUGACCAGCGGAGACAUGUCAGCAUCAACUCUGCCCGUUGGCUGCCUGAGCCAGGGCUCGGCCUUGCCUAUGGUACCAACAAAGGAGACCUGGUGAUCUGCCGACCAGAGGCCUUAAACUCUGGUGUCGAGUACUACUGGGACCAGCUGAACGAGACUGUCUUCACUGUCCAUUCCAACAGCAGGAGCAGCGAACGGCCUGGAACCAGCAGAGCCACGUGGAGGACAGACAGAGAUAUGGGUCUGAUGAAUGCAAUUGGGUUGCAGCCCCGGAACCCCACCACCUCAGUGACAUCUCAGGGCACCCAGACUCUGGCCCUGCAGCUGCAGAAUGCCGAAACACAGACCGAAAGGGAGCUGCAGGAGCCAGGGACGGCAGCCUCGGGUCCUGGUGAAGGUGAGGGCUCAGAGUACGGUGCUGGUGGGGAAGAUGCCCUCAGCAGGAUCCAGAGGCUGAUGGCGGAGGGGGGCAUGACGGCCGUGGUGCAGCGGGAGCAGAGCACCACCAUGGCCUCCAUGGGGGGCUUCGGCAACAACAUCAUCGUCAGCCACCGCAUUCAUCGCAGCUCCCAGACUGGCACCGAGCCGGGUGCCACCCGCACCUCCUCACCCCAGCCCUCCACUUCUCGGGGACUGCUCCCGGAACCUGGGCAGCUGGCAGAGCGAGGCCUAAGCCCACGGACAGCCUCCUGGGACCAGCCUGGUACCCCUGGGCGGGAGCCACCCCAGCCAACCCUGCCCUCUUCCUCCCCUUCCCCUAUUCCUGUCCCCCUUCCCAGCACUGAGGGACCAACCCUGCACUGCAGCCUGACCAAUAACAACCACCUUCCUGAUGGCAGUGGCAGCGGCAGGGGGGAAGCUGCAGGCCCCAGUGGGGAGCCACGGAACAGGUAGAGACGAAUGUGUGCACUGGUGCCUCCCCUCGAACCGCUGAGCAGAAACCGGACCUCACAGCUGACUGGGAACUGGACACAUGGAAGAGCUGCUGGCUGCUUCAGGGAACAGGAGGAGUAAGAGGGUGGGGGUCGAGAGGAGUCAGAGUCAGUGGGCAUGAGGCAGUCGAAUGGGCAAGGCUUGCCUCAGGGGACUAGAACCUUCCAGGAUCUGGAGCCCAGGAGAGCCAUACUGCUGGGCUUAAUGUGAAUGGAGAAGCAAGUGGGUAUCUCUGCCAUGAACCCCGCCUUUCUCCUAGGAACAUGGGCUCAAGGGACUCAGUCCUCCACAGAGAGCCCCAGAAGAGUGAACAGUCAGUCUUCCAGAUCUGGGCAAGCCAUCCUGCACAGAGGCCAAUGGGGCAGCUUUUCUCUGUCCACCUGUUGGGUGGGCAGAGCCACCAGGAGCCCAAAACAGGAGGAGCGGUCUGGCCCCCAGAAACCAUCUCCAACUCUGAGCCUUCCAGAGCUUCAGCCUCUCUACGUCAUCUUACCCCACAGAAACCACAGCCAGGGUCAGGCCAGGCUCCCAGAUUCCUGAGGAUAGAGACUUCCUGCAUAUUUACUGAUGGGGGACAACUGUGAGGUGAAGGGGGCAGCCUGCUUGCCUGAUACAGGAUGGGGUCAAGGGGCGGUGGGCAGGUCCUCACUCAGGAGUGGGGGGUGUAGGCUGGCCCGCCCCCAGGGCUUGUCCACCAAGCUCCUCCCUCCCCUCCAAGGCCCUCAGCAGCACCUGUGGGUGUCAGUAUUACCUGAGCCUAGGCCAAAGCUAGCCCAAGGCCGGGGAGGGGAUGAGACUCCAGGUCAGAAUGUGAGGUCUUGGUCUGUGAUUUAAGGUGUUGCAUGUGGAAUCUUGAACUGUAUGUGUAGUUUCUAGUGGAGAAAUCAAGGCUCUGAUCAUUUCGUUUUUAGUAUGAAAAUGUGAUUUCCUUUCUGUUUGUAACUCAUCAUAGAAACAUUGUGGUGGGAGGAGAGGGGAUAGUCUACUGCUGAUGAGGGAAACACCAAAGAUCUACAUCAUUAAAAUGAUGACAUGCCCCUCGC